AUGGCUGCAACACUAUCAGCUGCGCAAGCACUGGACUGCUUCGUCAAUGGAUGCGACGGGUCAGUUCUUCUGGACGACACGACGACGUUCACCGGGGAGAAAACGGCGGUUCCCAACUUGAACUCGUUGAGAGGGUUUGAUGUCGUCGAUAAGAUCAAGUCGGAAGUCGAUAGAGUGUGCAAGAGGAGCGUGGUCUCGUGCGCUGACGUCUUGGCAGUUGCUGCUCGAGAUUCCGUCUCCAUUCUCGGAGGCUCAGGCUUCACGUACCAAGUUCUAGUCGGCAGAAGAGACGCGAGAACCGGCAGCAAAAACGCCGCAACCAACAGCCUCCCGCCGCCGUUCUUCAGCUUCAACCAGCUCCUCGCCAACUUCCGCUCCCACGGCCUCGGCCUCACCGACCUCGUGGCGCUCUCCGGGGCCCACACCAUCGGGCUCGCCCGCUGCACCACAUUCCGCAGCCGCAUCUACAACGACACCAACAUCCAGACCGACCUCGCCUCCUCUUUACAGCGGAGCUGCCCGCAGAGCGGCGGCGACAACAACCUGCAGCCGCUGGACGGAACUCCGGCGGGAUUCGACACGCAGUACUUUGGGUCGCUGGUCAGGAACAAGGGGCUGCUGCACUCCGAUCAGGAGCUGUUCGGCAGAGGCAAUAGUGCUAGUGACGGGCUUGUGAGGUUGUAUGGAGGGAAUCCGGCGAGGUUCGCGGCGGAUUUCGCGGCGUCGAUGGUGAGGAUGGGGAAUAUGAAGCCGCUUACGGGGAGUAAUGGCGAGAUCAGAAGCAACAGCCGCAAGAUUAAUUAA